UCCGGCGGAAAAUGGCGGCCGCGGGGGAGGCUCCGGCUCCGGCCCCUGAAGAAGACGGCGAAGGGGAAACUAGGCCGGCGGCGGCUGCGGCUGCGGCUGCUACGGAAUCCACAGCCGGAGAAACCUCGGGGCCAACGGAACCAAGAACCGGAGACUCGGAAACAGGUGGGGAUGCAUCUAUGGCCGACGUCAGUGCCGCCAUGGAGACGGAAUCGUCCAGCGGAAAGGAUGCUAUGGAAGGUGUUGGAGACAGUUCUGAAGUUAUGGAUAAUCAGACGGGCUCAGUAGACGAAGAGAACGGACGGCAGCUGGGGGAGAUUGAGCUGCAGUGUGGGAUUUGCACCAAGUGGUUCACAGCAGAAACAUUUGGCAUUGAUACCACCUGCUGUCUGCCUUUUAUGACCAACUACAGUUUCCAUUGCAACAUUUGCCACCACAGUGGGAAUACAUACUUCUUAAGAAAACAAGCAAAUCUGAAAGAAAUGUGUCUGAGCGCUCUGGCAAAUCUAACUUGGCAAUCAAGAUCUCAAGACGAACACCCCAAAACAAUGUUCUCAAAAGAUAAGGAUAUUAUACCCUUUAUCGAUAAAUAUUGGGAAUAUAUGACAACAAGGCAAAGACCAGGAAAAAUGACUUGGCCAAAUAAUAUUGUAAAGACUAUGUGCAAGGAAAGAGAUGUGUUCUUGGUAAAAGAGCAUCCGGACCCAGGAAGCAAAGAUCCAGAGGACGAUUACCCUAAAUUUGGACUCUUAGACCAGGAUCUAGGUAAUAUUGGCCCUGCAUAUGAUAACCAGAAACAGAGCAGCACAAUAUCUACUAGUGGAAGUCUAAAUGGUGGAGCCUCUUUGGGAGGGGGUAUCAUAGCAGGAAGUAGUGGGAAAGGAAGAGGAGCAAAACGCAAGCAACAGGAUGGAAGUACUACAGGAACAGCCAAGAAAACCAGGAGUGAUCCUUUGUUCUCCGCUCAGCGUCUUCCACCUCACGGCUACCCCUUGGAACACCCUUUUAACAAAGAUGGCUACCGCUACAUUUUGGCGGAGCCUGACCCUCAUGCGCCUGACCCAGAGAAGCUGGAGCUAGACUGCUGGGCAGGCAAGCCCAUCCCUGGAGAUCUCUACCGAGCCUGCCUGUAUGAACGGGUCCUAUUAGCUCUUCAUGACCGAGCACCUCAGCUGAAGAUCUCAGAUGACAGGCUGACCGUCAUAGGGGAAAAAGGCUAUUCCAUGGUGCGAGCCUCCCACGGAGUGCGGAAGGGAGCCUGGUACUAUGAAAUUUCGGUGGACGAGAUGCCUCCUGAAACGGCUGCCAGACUUGGUUGGUCACAGCCACUGGGGAACCUUCAGGCUCCUCUGGGCUAUGACAAAUUCAGUUACUCCUGGCGUAGCAAGAAAGGCACAAAGUUCCACCAGUCCAUUGGUAAACAUUAUUCAUCAGGCUAUGGCCAAGGAGAUGUGCUUGGUUUUUAUAUCAGCCUUCCCGACGAAACUGAAACUGCCAAAUCACUGCCAGAUACUUACAAAGAUAAGGCUUUGAUCAAGUUCAAAAGCUACUUGUACUUUGAAGAGAAGGACUUUGUGGAUAAAGCAGAGAAAAGUUUAAAGCAAACUCCUGGAAGCCAAAUAAUCUUCUACAAAAAUGGUGCCAGUCAAGGAGUUGCAUACAAAGAUAUUUUUGAAGGUGUUUAUUUCCCCGCUGUCUCUCUGUAUAAAGGGUGCACGGUCUCUAUAAAUUUUGGCCCCUACUUCAAAUACCCUCCAAAAGAUAUCAGUUACCGCCCGAUCAGUGACAUGGGCUGGGUUGCUGUGGUAGAGCACACUCUGGCAGAUGUCCUUUAUCAUGUAGAAACAGAAGUUGAUGGGCGGCGUAGCCCACCUUGGGAGCCUUGAGAGACAUUGUGUAUAUUUUUAUUUUUUACAAAACUGAACAUUAUCACUGGAUGUAAAGUGGAAAAAGAAUAAAACACUCUUUUUAACAAUU